GGAAGCAGAGACUGGGAUGCAGUUGCUAGGGAACAGCGAGAGACGUCCAUCUUUUGCAGCUUGUUCCAGAUCCAGAGCAGAAGCACAAGACCGCCUUUUAUAGCAGAGGGAAAUAAAUGCUCGUCCGGAGAAAAACACAGAAAGAGACCAACGGGGAGGAGGCUGCAGGUGACAUCACAUCAUCCAGAGCGGGAUUAUAUGCUGGAUGCGGAGUCAGCCAUGAAUAAUCACACAUCACAGAUCAGCCUUUAUUUGUGGAUGAGAAGGGCAAUGCACAGAUGCUGAGGAGCUUUUUGGGAGCGUCCUGAAAACAUCCAGCCGGCCUGUCUUUGAGGAAAAGCGCGUAUACACAGAUGAACUGGGAGUAUGAUCUGAGCAUCUUCAUCUCAUCAACACUAUGGAUUUAAACAUUAGCUGAGAAAUCCACAGGCCUGAAGGUGAAGUCAUUGAGGAAUCGGCUCCGCUGAAGAGAAACUCUUGUGUUUGUGAUCCAGAGCAAAGGAUGGGAACCACUGAAGCCACUUUACGCAUGGACAACAUGGAGGUCAAAGACGAGUGGCAGGACGAUGAUUUCCCACGGCCUCUUCCUGAAGAUGGUGAUUUAGAUGGACUCACUGACAACUCUCAUCACGGCGCUCUGACGGUGGAUCAUGUGGACUCUGUCAGACAGAAGCGCCGCACGCUGAUCGCUCCCGAUAUAAACCUGUCGCUGGACAAAAGCGAAGGUUCAGUCCUUUCUGAUGACUUUCUGGAAACUCCAGAUGAUUUGGACAUAAACGUGGACGACAUCGAGACGCCAGACGACGACUCUCUUGGCUCCGCCAACAACGGCACCGAGCUGGAAUGGGAAGAUGACACUCCGGUGGCGAGUGCGAAGGGUCCGGGUGGAGAUGAUGGCGACGGGACGGGGCGUCUGUGGAGAAGUGUGAUCAUCGGGGAUCAGGAACACAGGAUAGACAUGCAGGCGAUCAGACCGUACCUGCGCGUCGUCACACAUGGAGGUUAUUAUGGUGAAGGGCUGAACGCCAUCAUUGUGUUUGCGGCCUGUUUCCUGCCUGACAGCAGCUGCGCAGACUACAACUACAUCAUGGAGAAUCUCUUCCUGUACGUGAUCAGUAGUUUGGAGCUGCUGGUUGCAGAGGACUAUAUGAUCAUCUAUCUGAACGGAGCCACGCCACGCAGGAGAAUGCCAGGCAUCAGCUGGUUAAAGAGAUGCUACCAGAUGAUCGAAAGACGGUUAAGGAAGAAUCUGAAAUGUCUGAUCAUUGCACAUCCCACCUGGUUCAUCCGCACGGUUCUGGCCAUCUCACGGCCAUUCGUCAAUGUGAAGUUCAUGGAUAAGAUCCGCUAUGUGCAGAGUCUGGAGGAGCUGGCUCAGAUUGUUCCUAUGGAGCAUGUGCAGAUUCCUGAGUGUGUGUUGCAAUUCGACGAGGAGCGAAUCAAAGUUCAGAGAGAAAGGCUUGAACAAGUGAGCAAGACAUCAGAGAGGCCACCCUCAGUGGCUGCAGAGGCCUGUCCCUGACGUGUCUCACUGGAUGCAGAGCAGGGACUCAUCUGUGCAUGUCAUUUUCCAAAGACGUUCCUUUAAAGAGCAAUCAAUCACGUGGACUAACUCAGUCAAAGCUGACGUUUGCAGACUGCAGUUUUUUCCAUUCACACUGAUCUAUGAGCAGCUCGUAAGUGUGAACCGCAGACAAACAAAACAAACAAACACUCGCCGACUGAAGGGCAACAUCUGUGCAAACUCCAGCAUCUUGUGUAACAGUCACUCGUGUGGUGCAGAUGUAAAUCAUGCUGUUUUUUUUAUACCAGCCGGAUUAACAUGACUUGGCAGUUUAAGCCAGUUCUGCUGCCAGCCGCUUCCACAAUGGGAAAAGUAUUCAGGCUGUUACAUAACGCAGCCGUUUACAGGUUAAAAGUCAAUGUGAAAUCAUGUCCGUCUUCAUGCAAUGCAAUGCAAAAAAAAGAUCUCAUGUCUUUUCCUGCUUUCUUGUACAAAUAUCUAAACUUUCCUACAGUAAAUCUGAGAUAGUUUUGCUUCAAAUGCUAAAUGACAUGUAAGGUAUAAAGUACAUCCAGCCGGUUGUUAUUGCAGAAUAACACCUAACAUUUGUUUCCAGUUUCCUAUAUUUUUGUCAUUCAAAACAUCACAGUGGAUUGUAAUGCAGAACAAAAUUACGUUACAUCAAACCCAGCAAGAACAUAA